GCGUCUGACAUGUUUCAAUGAGAAAUCACACUUCACCUCAAAUUUUCAGACAUUCUGAAAGAAAAUAAUUCUAAUUGAGAUAGAUUUGCGCAUAAAAUAUUCAAAACUAAUUAAACUUAAAUAAUUUAAAAUUUCAGAAAUUCCGGCACAAGAAAACACAAGAGGUUUUUGUACCCGAAAAAAUGUUGUUUCUUUCAGAACGGACCUAUUUUCUGCAAACACGUGAACACAUCAAAACAAAACCACUACUCAAACUCACUACUGCCAAAAUUUAAACUUGAAGUUACAAACAAAAAGCCGGGAAAGUUGGUUUUGGAUUAAAAUAUUUGCUUAUCAUCAACAUCAAUUUGUUAUUAAUUAUUUGAACCGUUGUUAAAAUGCAUGCUUUUUUGAAAACUGGUAGAAAUGCUACUGAGAAGUUGAAUACUGAAUCAAAUAUUCCAAGUUCAUCAAAUGGACCUGGACAAACUACAGAAAAACGCAAGGCCCCUGCUCCAUGGGUUGAAAAAUACCGUCCCAAACGUGUUGAUGAAGUCGUCGAACAGGGUGAAGUAGUUGCUGUUCUCCAAAAGUGUGUCGAAGGAGCCGAUCUGCCAAAUAUGUUACUCUAUGGGCCUCCAGGAACAGGCAAGACCAGUACCAUCCUAGCUGCUGCACGCCAAAUCUUUGGCGACAUGUUCAAAGAACGAAUUCUGGAACUGAAUGCAUCUGAUGAGCGGGGUAUCAAUGUUGUUCGAACGAAAAUUAAGAACUUCGCUCAAUUGACAGCCAGCGCUGUGCGCCCGGACGGAAAACCAUGUCCACCGUUUAAGAUUAUCAUUUUGGACGAGGCUGAUUCUAUGACGCAUGCUGCUCAGGCAGCGUUGCGGCGAACGAUGGAGAAAGAGAGUCGCAGUACACGGUUCUGCUUGGUCUGUAACUACGUGUCGAGAAUCAUUGAUCCGAUUACGUCGCGUUGCACCAAAUUUCGUUUCAAAUCGCUGGGCAGAGACAAGAUUAUCGAACGUCUCCGUCACAUUUGCUCAUUGGAAGGUGUGAAGAUUGAAGAAAGUGCCUUCGAUUCAAUCGUAGACAUAUCUGGAGGCGAUAUGCGUCGUGCCAUCACAACUCUGCAGUCCUGCUAUCAUCUCAAGGGGACCAGUGCAGAAAUCACAACAGAAGACCUCUUUGAAAUCUCAGGAAUCAUACCCGAAAAAUAUUUAUCCUCGUUUCUGGACGUUUGUCGUUCCGGUAACUACGCCAAGCUCGAAGAUUUCGUUAGAAGUUUGACCUACGAGGCAUACAGUGUCGGUCAAAUGAUGGAACAACUGAAUGAUCAUGUAAUUCGAUCAAAUGACUUGUCAAACAAGCAGAAAGCCAUCAUCUGCGACAAACUGGGCGAGACUUCUUUUCGCCUCCAAGAUGGGGGCUCUGAGUACCUGCAGAUCAUGGAUCUAGGAUGUGCCACCAUAAUUGCUCUUCAAAAGUAAAACGAAUCCAAAUUAAUUAAUUACAAAUACAAAUUUUAUUUCCCUCGCUAAA